AUGAACUUCGUAACGGACAACCCUUUAGAAGCUGGUACUAGCCUGGAAGUGUCUGCCUGGGUGACAGAUCUGGUCCUCAACCAGGGAUCAACAGAGGAGAGAAAAGAAGCUCUCGCCUGUAUCCUACGCGUGGCACUGACCUGCUGGAACAUAGGAAACUUCAACGGAGCCAUGGAGAUCGUAGCUGGUUUAAAGUCCCAUAAGCUGAAACCAUUCUGGCUCAGCAUAUCAGACGAGCCCGUACCGGCUCUGGACUUCCUCUCCGCUGCGCUGCUGUCAGCUGAGUACGAGAGAGCCCUCAGCCGAGCGUUGGCAAUGGCUGAGUGUCGACUGAUACCCUUCUUUGGUGCCUUCUUACGUGAGCUUAGGGAAAUAUUAGCGGCGACACCAUCGCUCACAGGUAAUUCCGUGGCUGCAACGCCAACACACAGAAGAGAUUUUAAAAGGGAAUCAACAAAAGACAGAGGAUCGUUAAAAAGAGAUAGCAGACGCGACAGCAGUAAAAGGAACGAGCAAAACACCACAAGUCCAUUACGGGAAAAGCGGGAGUCACGGAGCGAGCCUGCCAGGCAAGUGUACAUAGCCUCAUUCGAUGAGGAAGGGGAGCAAGCGUUCAGGCGAGUUGGUCCCGAAGGUCUCCUGAAUUUGGAGAAGGUGUACCGGACCCAAGCAGUCAUGGAUCACAUAGCCAGCUUCCAUCAGCACCGGCAUGCGUUGGCCAGAAUUUGUAACCCCGUGUUUGGUGAUCAUUUGAAAACUGUUAUAUCUUCGUGUGAUGAGCCAGUCUUCACCCAUUCGAGACAAAAGACAGGAGCAAGCUUUGAGAACGAGGCGCUGUAUGAAUUGGAAGGAAGUGGGUACAGUCCGGUACAGCCGUUAUUUCAUGACCAUGGAGUGACCAUGUUCCCUUUAGCACCGCAGAAUGGUGAUAGAAUCGACAGGCAUAUAUUACAGAUAAUGCAUCACGGAACAGCCUGCAUAGUGGGAGAGUCAGAGUGGGCUGGCGCGUUUGUUCAUUUAAGACUGGAGCGCGCAUGCGCACUUCUGACUUGGAGUAAAACUGCACAUAGGCCGAAUGCCCAGUGUGGAGAAACCCCAUCAGAAAAUGUUCAGCAGCCGGAAAUCAGUCUAUCAUAUAACCCGGAAGAAGUAAUACCGCUGAAAUACUCUGGAAACAUUGUUCAUGAGACGGAGGCUGGUGUCGUUGGAGAAGAGGGAUUUAUAGAUCUCCAAUGUGUCAAGGACAUGCGGCUGGGUGGAAAACUUCUAGAACCAAGGGACAUAGCUGAGCUGGUGGCCAGUGCAAAACGGAACGGUCUAGACAGUAGUCAACGAGCACAUGUCAUAUCACUUCUGUAUGGGAACACACUAAGUGAUAACAGACAUAUACACUUUUUAUUACCACCACAUGCUUUCAGAGUAUGGGCGGUGGGUCUCCAUUCUGUAAUCAAAGCCUUGAUUAGCCAAACGAAGCUCGCUGAUCGAAGUCUGACUUGGCUGAAGAACAAGUACACCGGUCUCUACUAUGAAGAUGGCUGCUGCUGCGAGCCACUUGUUUCUGAUGCUAUACGGAUAUUUGGCGGUCGAGAAUCUAUAUACGGCAGCUCCACUCAUUCAACUCCAAUUAAGUUCGCUGACUCUCACACUGAUUCUACUAAAAGCGGCAUCAAAUUUAAGAAGAACAGAUCUUCAUCAGAACUCAAGGGCUCUCCAAGGAGCUACAGCACUGCCGGCACCAGGAGUGAGGAGGAGUAUACCUCAUCACCUCGACACAGUUCGUACUCGGCUGCAUCAAGCCACCCCACACCAUGCGGUCCACGUCAUAGCAGUCUGACAGCUACCAGCCUCGUUUCUGGAUCCCCAAACAGGAGUAGUUUACGAAGACUGGAAACAAGUGAACGAUUUUGGGAGAACAUGAAGCAUCUCCGCACCGGUUCUGUGGGGUACGAGACUCAGCUGGAAUUCAUGGAUUUUGUCUCACUGUUUAGAAGUUUUAACCUUGUGAUGCGGUCAGAGCUGCGUGAUGUCUUCGAACAGCUUGCAGUUCCAAGGGGGAGAUGUCCGUUUUUAGGAGCUGAGAAAAGUAGAAGCUCACCUGAACUCUUCAGGAACAAAACAGCUUUUAGAACUGGUCUUCUAACGAGAAACGGUUCGCUCGAUUUGGAGCCGCCCAGCGAUAAGGUGGGAAGGAAAAAGGCCUUCGACAUAUUAGCUGCUGCGGCGCUACCAGGUGCUAACCCAGAUCUAAGCGGUAGAGUCCUCUCUCUUCCUACCCUUGGAAAAUUCUGUGAAACAAGACAGUUGGAGCCCAAGAAUGAACAGCAAUUAAAAGAUAUUAUACAGAGACACGAGCCAGACCCCACAUUGAGAGCCGAUAAUUGUCUUUCGUUCGAGGGGUUUGUGAGGUUUCUAUCAGACAAAGACAAUUAUGCGUUUGUCCCUGAACAGAGGAGAGCUGGGAAUCUUGGGAAAUCCUCUGAAAAUGAAGAAAAGCUAAGUCGAGAAAUGUCUGGACCAUUGAGUCAGUAUUACAUCGCCAGCAGUCACAACACAUAUUUGACUGGACAUCAGCUGAAGGGAGAGUCAUCAGUCGAACUUUACAGUCAGGCUCUAUUCGCUUCUAGUGUACAAUGA